AUGAAUGAUCAUUUUCUAGAUGUUAUGCGUUUAAUUCGUUUAUUAUUUAGAUUAAUGGAACCACAGGCACAUAUUCAUACAAAUGUUAAUAUAGCGGCUCUUCGAAAGCCGUAUAAACAACCAAAUGAAUUCUUUGGUGUUGAACAUCUAGUAUCAAAGGAACCAUUCGGUCAAUUUAAAAAAUGGUUUGAAGAAGCUGUUGAAUAUGUUGAAGAACCAAAUUCGUUUUGUUUAUCUACAGCUACAAAAAAUGGAAUGCCAUCUAGUCGAUUUUUAUUAAUGAAAGGAUUUGAUGAAAAUGGGUUUAAAUUUUAUACAAAUUAUGAUAGUCAAAAAGGAAAACAAUUAGAAGAGAAUCCAGUUGCAUCUAUGUGUUUCUAUUGGCCAUCGAUGUCACGAUCAAUUCGUAUUGAUGGUCGAGUUGAAAAACUAUCUGAAACUGAAUCAAAUGAAUAUUUUUAUUCACGUCCAAUUGAUUCUCAAAUUAGUGCUGCAAUUAGUAAACAAAGUCAACCAGUACCUAGUCGACAAUUUUUACUCGAUCAACGACAAAAUUAUAUUGAUAAUAAUUUACCAAUUGAAAAACCAAAAAGAUGGGGUGGUUUUCUUUUAAUACCACAUACCAUUGAAUUUUAUCAGGGUCAAAGUAAUCGAUUAUCUGAUCGUAUACAAUUUCGUCGUGUUACAUCUGAUACGAAUAAAGAUAAUCAGAUAGAUCCAACUAUAACACAUCAAGGCACUCAUGGUUGGAUUUAUGAACGACUUUCACCAUAA